AUGACAGCCAUCAAGAUCGCCGAGUCCCUCGGACGAAUGUUCUACCUGGUCUCGCCCAGUCGUCACUUCUUUGUCACCGAGGGUGAGGUGGAGCCCUACGUCUCCGAUGCGACCAUCUGGUUCCUGUUCUUUAUCGCCGCCGAAUUGAUCUAUUUCACCAUCGCCGACAAGCGCAAAGGAUUGAAGCGCCACGAUGGCAAGUGGGACCAGGGCAAAUACCGUAUGAACGACAUGAUCGGAUCUCUCGGGGCCGGAUCCGUCCAACAAAUGUCGCGCUUUUUCCUCGGAAGCUUGCAGAUGGUCACCUACAACUACAUCUGGGAUAACUACAGGGUGCCUGGGAUUGCCUUCGAGACGUUCCAUCUCCCCACUUGGAUCGGAUGCUUCUUGGCGACCGACUUUAUGUACUACUGGUUCCACCGCGCUGCUCACGAGGUUAACAUCUUUUGGGCUGGACAUUCCGUUCAUCACAGCAGUGAAUACUACAACGCCACCACGGCAUUGAGACAGUCAUUGGCCCAGACCUACACCUCCUUCUUCUUCAACUUACCCUUAGCCUUGGUCUUCUCGCCCGCUCAGUUCGCCGUCCACACCCAGCUGAACUUGCUCUUCCAGUUCUGGAUCCAUACCGAAAUUAUCCCAAGAAUGGGUUGGCUCGAGUACAUCAUCAACACGCCCAGUGCCCAUCGUGUCCACCACGGCCGCAACCCUUACUGCAUCGACAAGAACUACGCCGGCACCCUCAUUAUCUGGGACCGCAUGUUUGGAACCUAUGCCGAUGAGCGCAUCUACCCCGAUGUUGUCGCCACCAAGGAAGAAGAAGAGCCAGUCGCCUACGGACUUACCCACCCUAUCAACACCUUUGACCCCGUCGCCGUCCAGCUUGGCCACUUCAAGCAUAUCUGGAACAUGCUCUGGAUCACCCCCGGUCUUGUCAACAAGUUCAAGGUCGUCUUUUAUGGCCCUGGCUGGCACUCUGGCACUCCUCGCACCGGUCUGUUGUCCGAAAUCCCCGACGUCGAUCUGAAGAAUCCUCCCAAGAAGUAUGAUCCCGUUCUUCCCAGAAAGUUCAACUACUACAUCGCCGCCCAUUUCGCGAUCGUGAUGGUUGUUGGAAGUGCAUUGCUCGGCGAGCUCUACAAGAUCCUGCCCCUUCAUUACACUCAAGCCAUUUGUGUCGCAUUCCUGGUCUCGUUGGUUUCGUUGGCCAAGAUCAUGGACGCCAAGGAGUACGGACUCAAGGUCGAAUUGGCAAGGUGCUUGACCUUCUUCCUGUUAGCCGAGUUUGUGGCGCGCUCGGGAUUUUAUGAGCAGACAUACUGGCAGAGGCGUGGCACGUUGUGUGUUGCAGACACGUUCUUUGUCAGCAGUUUGUUCAUUAGCUGGAACAUUUACAAGCUUGGAUCGGACUGGGCUACCAUCGUGCCUGACACUCCCAAGAAGGGACAGAGUAUUAAGGACAAGAUCAAGACCAACUAA